AUGCUCAACAGGCCAGCAAAGGUCUUUGAGCCAACAUGGUCAAUGCCGCAGGCACUAAAGGCCCAACUCCCUCAAGCAUACCAUCAGGUCAAGACGACAACAGACGUCAAGCUGCAGGUGUUCUUGAGGGAGGAUGGGAUGCUGGCCUUCUAUGGAUGCAUUCAAGAUGGCUUCCAACGGCCGCCAAAGCAUCCCUUUGUCCCCCUGGGUGCUGCCCAGACACAGGAUGAGGUGGAUGACCAGUACAAGUUUAUCUGCUUGGUCUCCAUCUUUCACAUCGUGGCUAUUGUGCUGCUGGAUGGUUCCAGCAAGAGGAACCAGCAGAUCUUCACACUUUACGCACAACUGGAGCUGCUGUCCCAGUCGUCUGAACUGGUGCUGCACCUGUGGGACAAGGCUCACACCAUUGCUCGGGACAACACAGUCUCAAAUUGGUGGUUCAACAAUCGCUCUGACAGCGACAACCGCUUGUUGACCGAGCGCCACCAGAAAGCCACUGCUCUGGGAGCAAAGCUUACCCAACAUGAGCUCAAGAGAUUCCGCGAGAGACAAGCCGCCGCACGAGCGGCGCAAGUUGUGCAGCUCAAAGCGCAGGUGCGGCAGAUGACUCAGGCAUUGUCAUCACUGCUGUCCUCGGAGCAGAUGCUAGUGUCACAGCAAGAGGAGGCGCAGGCCGAGCGAGAGGAGGCGCAGGCCAAGCAAGAGGAAGCGCAGGUGGAGGAGCUGGAAGUAGAGGACGUGCAUGUUGAUCAGAAAGCAAACUCUCUCUUCAGGUGUCAGUAAGUGCUCCUUGUGCUUUGUCACAAGCAAUCCCUCCAAAAGCGCAAGCUAAACUGGCAGUAACACAAAUGUCAAGCCUUACUGCUGCGGGUGCUAACCGUCUGCAACAGCUCCAUGUGCGCAUUGUGCUUUACUUUCCCACAAAAUCUGGCUGAGUGAAUGAGAAAUGAUAUGCACGCUUCUCUGAGUUGCGAGCUCAGGAUCUAGUAAAGUUGCAAUUUUGCGCAACAAUGAGAAUGUGAGUCAAGGCGCAGUUGGAGAGAAUGUAUUGUGCUGCUGGAUGGUUCCAGCAAGAGGAACCAGCAGAUCUUCACACUUUACGCACAACUGGAGCUGCUGUCCCAGUCGUCUGAACUGGUGCUGCACCUGUGGGACAAGGCUCACACCAUUGCUCGGGACAACACAGUCUCAAAUUGGUGGUUCAACAAUCGCUCUGACAGCGACAACCGCUUGUUGACCGAGCGCCACCAGAAAGCCACUGCUCUGGGAGCAAAGCUUACCCAACAUGAGCUCAAGAGAUUCCGCGAGAGACAAGCCGCCGCACGAGCGGCGCAAGUUGUGCAGCUCAAAGCGCAGGUGCGGCAGAUGACUCAGGCAUUGUCAUCACUGCUGUCCUCGGAGCAGAUGCUAGUGUCACAGCAAGAGGAGGCGCAGGCCGAGCGAGAGGAGGCGCAGGCCAAGCAAGAGGAAGCGCAGGUGGAGGAGCUGGAAGUAGAGGACGUGCAUGUUGAUCAGAAAGCAAACUCUCUCUUCAGGUGUCAGUAA